AUGCUCGUCCCCGAUACAGGGGAUCCAAGAUCUCAAUCUCAGGGCCACCCCGUUUACUACGGCCUGAGUCCAGUCGCUCCAGGUGCAGUUCCGGUUUCGGUCCCAGUUUCAGUUCCAGCUCAGUAUGGUCCUGAGUACUUCGGUCCUCCGUCCAUUCUUCCUAACCAUGUUGCCUAUGGUCCCUACGGACAGCCGCUAACUUACCCUGUCAUGUUUGAGCCUGGUCCACCGGGACCUCAUUCGUAUGGCCCGCCGAUCGUGACUCCUAUGGUACCUGGCUCUCAAUUCCCUGUCCCGCCUCCUUCGAACUUCGCUUACACCAAUCCGAAUCCCCCCAUGGGACCCUCCUACCCUAGUGAGCCUAAUGAAGAUACCCGUAACUGGCUUGUUGCUCAUCGCAAAUUCAUGACCUGGACUCACACGGUGUACUAUUCGUCAAAGUCGCCUGAGGCAUUUGUGAACGCCUGGAAACGAGCCCUGGCAGAGAUGAAGGAGGCCUUUGGACCCCCAGCCCUUCCCACAAUCUUCAUGCUCAAUCAAUUCUUCGCUGCGGUCAGUGUGAACCCCAACACCAUUACAUGGGUUGAGUCGCUCCGGUUCAAGAAAGGUCAUCUCCCAGAAUCCAUCCUAGACGAAGCUUACGCCGAUUUCCUGGAGUUUGAGGCUGACCGACUAUCAAACGAACUCUCAGUCUUGGGUGACCUGGAUCAUAUCUCCGCUGGCAUGGGUCGAAUGGAAAUUUCCACCAAAGAAUACUGUCCCUACCACCGACGUCUUACGAAGCAUCCGAUUGACGAGUGCUUUCGAAACCCACAGAACACGAAGCGCAAGAGGAAGUGGAGACGAAAACAGGCGCUCAUUGCAGCAGCUAUGGAGGCCGAGAAGAAGAGGUUACUGUGA